AUGCAUAACAAUGAGGAGCCUCUUUUACUCGAAUAUUUGGUAAUUGAAGAUUGCUCCUCUCUCACAUCUUUACCAAGAGGCCAGUUUCCCAGCACACUUAAGAAACUUGAAAUCCAUAACUGCAUGAAUUUGGAGUCGUUUCCAGAGCAGAUGCACAACAAUACUUGCCUUGAAUUCUUCAAAAUCUCAUGCUGUCAUUCCAUUAGGUCCUUCUCCGAAGGUACUUUUGGACUGUCCAGAGUCACAUAUAGCACCGCCAUAAGCCUUAAGGAACUUAUCAUCAACAAUUGUAAAGACCUCAAGUCAUUACCUGGAGGCCUACAAAACCUCGUGUAUCUCGAUUACUUGGAAAUAGUUGAUUGCCCACUUCUUCUGUGUUUUCCAGAACCUGGCUUGCCAGCCAAGUUGCGAUCAAUUAGAAUCUCCAAUUGCCAGAGUCUCAAGUCCCUACCAAAUUGGAUGUGUAACCUCACAUCUCUUCAAGAACUACAUAUAAAUGGUUGCUCAAGUCUUGCAUCAUUUCCAGAAGGGGGGUUACCUGCCAAUCUGCAGUCACUUUCAAUUUUAGACUCUGAGAAUCUCAGGCCCUCCUAUGAGUGGGGGCUGCACAGACUCACUUGUCUCAUGGAUUUGUCCUUCGGUGGAUGUCAGGGGUUAGUAUCUUUUCCAGAGAAGUGGUUGCUGCCAAGUAGUUUAUCCUCUCUUCAUCUUGAGCGUCUGCCAAGUCUUAAAUCACUACCCAAGGGACUGAAAAACCUCAGCUCUCUCGAUAACAUGGAAAUAUGGGAUUGUGACAGGCUUCAGGCUUUGCCAGACAGCUCAAAUACCUCAGAGUUUGGAAUUUUGGGAUAUCCUUUCAUGUACAGUUAG